ACGCCGGAGCCAGACCUAUCCAUACCUGGGACUUCGCCAGCGCGGGAGACUCGAUGCUAGGUUCCGGGAUCCGGGGAAGCGUUGGUGGGAAGGAACUCACCUGUGAACACCUGGGUGGGCAGUGCCCUGGAGUGUGGUUACCUUUCACCGCUGUUUGGUCACCUAGGCUUCUAGUUCCUGUUUGAUUCCUUCCUUCUCCCGGGCUUUGCAGACGAAAUCUGUUUUUAAUGGAAGCUUGAAUCGUGCGACAUUUAAUUAACCAGGUCUACUAUGAUUAGAAAUAAGAGGAAGAGUAAAUAAUUGACAGCAUUUGGAUAGCAAGAAACACAUUUUUGAGGCUGUUUAGAAGUUAAGGAAUAGUUAAUAAAGGAUCCGAACCAAUGAUGCUGGGUUCACCCACGUCUCCAAAGCCAGGGGUUAAUGCCCAGUUCCUACCUGGAUUUUUAAUGGGGGAUUUGCCAGCUCCAGUGACUCCACAACCUCGAUCAAUUAGUGGCCCUUCAGUAGGAGUAAUGGAAAUGAGAUCACCUUUACUUGCAGGGGGGUCACCACCACAGCCAGUUGUACCAGCUCAUAAAGAUAAAAGUGGAGCUCCACCAGUUAGAAGUAUAUAUGAUGACAUUUCCAGCCCAGGACUUGGAUCAACACCUUUAACUUCAAGAAGACAGGCAAACAUUUCAGUAAUGCAGAGUCCUCUUGUCGGAGUUAUGACAACUACUCCUGGAACAGGGCAAAGUAUGUUUAGUCCAGCAAACAUUGGUCAACCACGAAAGACAACAUUAUCUCCUGCCCAGAUGGAUCCUUUUUAUACUCAAGGAGAUUCUUUGACAUCUGAAGAUCACCUCGAUGACACUUGGGUGACUGUGUUCGGGUUUCCUCAAGCAUCUGCUUCCUAUAUAUUAUUACAAUUUGCACAGUAUGGAAAUAUCUUAAAACAUGUGAUGUCUAACACAGGAAAUUGGAUGCAUAUUCGUUAUCAAUCUAAACUGCAGGCCCGGAAAGCUUUAAGCAAAGAUGGGAGAAUUUUUGGAGAGUCCAUCAUGAUUGGUGUAAAACCAUGUAUAGAUAAAAGCGUUAUGGAAAACAGUGACAGGUGUGCUUUAUCAUCUCCAUCUGUUGCCUUUACACCACCAAUCAAAACCUUAGGUACACCAACCCAAACUGGAAGUACUCCUAGGAUUUCUACCAUGAGACCUCUUGCUACAGCAUACAAAGCUUCUACUAGUGACUAUCAGGUUAUUUCUGACAGACAAACGCCAAAAAAAGAUGAAAGUCUUGUAUCCAAAGCAAUGGAAUACAUGUUUGGCUGGUAAUACAGUAAGAGCUAAGAACGCAACUACAAAGGAGAAGGUUGCCACAAUAAAACAGACUUAGCAGGGUACUGCUGGGUUUCCUUCGGUUAGUUAUAUAACCACUCUUGACAGUAUCGUAUAGCUGUCUCAUACUUCCUUUAGAAGCCUUUUUCUUAAAGGAUACAGCAUAUUUGUAACUUGCACUUUAAACGAUGCUUGAGAUACAUUUUAAAGAAACAAAAAAUCCCUGUUAUAAGAUUUUGUGCUUUCUGUGAUAGUGCAUGCUUAAGUGCAAAAAACUCAUUGAUUAUUGUAAAUUAUGUAAUUGAGUUUGUAGUGAGGCUUUGUAGUCUUCAUGAGUUGGUGAGGUGAAUUUCAUGAAGGGUAACUGUACAGCUGAUUCUAACAAGACACAAAGAUUAUAAUUAACAAUUUGAAUUAUGGUCUUUUAAUUUAGAUGAUAUUUAAUAUUUUAAUUAUCCUUGUUUAUAUUUGUCCUGUCAUGGAUUGUCAUCUUUCAGUCUUGUAAAACCAACACAGUCUUUUAAAAAACCUACUGAAGUUUCUUGAUAAUAAACUUGUCAAUUAUAUGUA